UCCACCCAUUUGUACGACUCCACCCCAUGUACAGUAUGUAAUAACAUUCAAGAAUGAAUCUCUGUCAGCAGAAUUCAUGAAGACUUUGCUGAGUAUUUCAUUUUUGGAAUUCUGUCACAUGAACCACUGUCAGCAUGAGUUCUGGAAAGCUCCAUUUCAUAUCAUGGAAUUCAAAUGGGCUCAAAAAAAAGAUAGAGGAAGUGAAGAGUGAAAUCAUGAAAAAAAAUUACGAUGUUGUUUUCCUUCAAGAGACACGCGCAAGUGAUGAGAAAAUAUUUAAAAAACUGGAAGGUUAUCAAUUAUUCUACACCACACAAUCACCAAACAUUAAAGGAGUUGCUAUAUUAAUAAAAAACAGCAUAUUUGAAGAAAGCAGCUACCCAACAGACCUCUGGCUGGAUGCUGAUGGCUGCUACAUUGUGGUUAAAUGUACCCUGAAAGGACAACUCUUCACUCUUGUGAGUGUAUACAAUUGUCAAUCUAAUAUUGAACCCUUAAUGAAACUCAGAAGUGUACUUGAGAAGCAUGCAGAGGGCAUCCUGCUGUUAGGAGGAGAUUUUAAUGUUCCACUGAAUCCGUAUCUGGACAGAACAUCUACAAAGAGAAAUAAACACCACUCACUUUUGAGACCAGUCGUCAAGGAAUUCAUGACAUCUUUUCAUCUUGUUGAUGUGUGGAGAAGACGUUACCCAACAGAAAAUAAAUAUUCUUACAAGCAAAAGAAUGUUGAAUCAAGAUUGGACUAUAUCUUUGUACCAGAGGAGUCAAUGCAAUAUAUUGAAAUGUGUGAAAUUUCUCCAUACAAAAGCUGCUCUGACCAUUAUCCAAUUGUGUUUGAUAUUAAUGUGUUCAAAACAGAAAGACAGAAACUAGGAUUAUUUAUGAUUAUCUUUAAAGAGAACAAAAUGGAUGUCUUAAGCGUUCAGCAGUCAGUUGUGGAUAAAUGGUUGAGCUGUAAAGGUAAAUACUGGCCACGUACUGAUUUGACUUUAAAUCCCCUGACACCUCUGACGAUCACUGCCAGUGAGGUUGAGCGGGCAAUUCAAUCUUUGGUAUUGAAAGAUGUUGAACGUCCAGAUGGUAUACCACUCUCCUUCUAUAAGAGUAACUUACAUGUUCUCAUUCCAUAUUUGUGUGCUCUUUAUGAUAAAGUACUUGAACAACCAACAAACACCAUAACAGCUUUUAAUGAGGUCUCUGAGACACAUACAUUUAACAUUGACUAUCUGAUUUUGGCUACCAUCAUGGCCAGGUGGCUUUAUGAGCACUUGCAGUACCAUUCAACAGACUACACCGUUGGAGAUAAAAAAACAACCGUGUUGUUCACCUACAAAAAUUCACUGAUUAGUGUCAAGUGGUCUGUCUUAAAUGAUGUACUGGGUAAAAUAACAAUGCCAGCUUUACAGAAUGAAGGAGGUGUUACACGCAGGACAGAGCCAGCCUUAAUGGAAAAAUGUAAGAUUGCUGCUCUUCACAAGAUCCUGAAAUAUAACAGGAGUAAAAAUGAAAUAUUACUCCGGUGGGGUUGUCCUCUGACUCCGGUGCUGGUGACACUGUAUCUGAAACAUGUUGCUAAUGAAAUGGUUCAAGAGGUCAAUGACCGAAAACCAUCCAUUCAUAUUUCUAAAGAGAAUGUCAUUGUUAGAUUAUCUGUUAAAUCUGAACCAUCACUAAAUAAUUUGACAGAGAAAUACACUGAUGUUGACUGUACGAUUCUGGACUUUUCUGAUGCUGUGCUUUCUGGGUUGAAUCGAAUCUCUUUGAUGGAAUCCUAAAGUGUAAUGUGCAUGCAUUUUCAAGGUUUUAACUAUUUGUUUUCAAUAAGUUGACUAUUAGAGGAGUCUUUGUUUGUUGUUGUGAGAGAUGAUGAGAACUAAUGGAGUGUAAGCUACACUGUAAAAAAAAAAACCGUAAAAAAACGGAAAUUUUCCGGCAGCUGGGGCGCCGGAAAAACUCCGUAAAAUUAACAGAAAAUAUCCGUUACAUAAAAUUACAGAAAUUUUCCGUAGUUGUAAAUACAGUUUUUAACUGUAAUAUUACAUUAGGUUUUACAGUUUUUAACUGUAAUUUUACACAAGA